AUGAUCCUAACUGUGCCUUCAGGAACACAAAUCAAUUCACUUUAUCGCUUGGGAAUUGUGAAAAACCCCGCAUCAAUCAUUUGUCGCAUUUGCAUAACUGUACAGUUACACCCAUUUUUCAUCACCAAUAAUGAUCGUUCCUAUUGUGCACAAUGUGUUUACUUGGAUACAGAUGUUAUCGAUAAUCUCCAUCAAUCACUUUCAGUAAGCGACUCGGUACCAUUUGAUUUGGAACCACAAUUUAACUUGCUAUCACCAAGAUGUAGUUAUCAGAUCAGGCGGAAUUCAAUCGACGGACCACUUAUACGUUACGCAUUACUUGGAGAAACUGUUUAUCAUGUUUGGAAAUGUUAUGGUGAAAAUUUUCAAAUAUUGGUGCAAAAUUGCUAUGUGGAGGAUGGCGAAGGGAAUCAUAUUCUGAUUAUCAGUAGUGAUGGGUGUGGCGUUGACAAAUACAUUCUGGAAACUCCUAUAUAUUCACUCGAUCGACGAACUGCUUCACAAGAGAUGCAUGUUUUCAAGUUUGCUGGAAAGGCAAUAACUCGUUUUACAUGUCAAAUUCGUAUUUGUUCAUCAUCAAAUGAUAGUUGCCAUAUAUCUGCACCGUAUAUCCAAUGUCCAAGAAAUGAUACGGAGACAAAUAAGCCCACGGGUGCAUUUGUCCAAGGACCAUUAACAGCAUCUGCACCAAAAGAAAUAUCAACAGAAACAGCAAUAAUAGCAACAACAGAUGGAGGAUCAUGGGAUGUAACAACCGGAAAGCUUGAUUCGAUAAUAUCGCCAGUACAUUCGGAAUCGGUGACAGCUAUUACAAAAGUACCGGAAGCAGAAGAACCAUUUUUUAUAUCAGCGACUGAUGAUUACGAAUUUUUCCCGGAGAGCAAAAGUGCAUUUCCACCAUCCAUAAAACCGCCAUCGAGGAAUCAUGAAGAAAUGCAGACAGAAUCCAACGUUUAUCAACAGCGGAAAAAAAGAAAUUUUUUCAUAAAUAAACUAACAAAAAGAGAUGUAUCGUUGGAAACCUCAAAGAGCAACAAAGAUCAUUUUACGUCAUAUGACGUAAGCGAAGUGCUAACAGUUCUCGAAUCACCUGAUGAUAUCGCCUAUUUUGAAAGCAAAUAUCCAUUAGCUGAAACUCGUCACGAUGCUUCAGUCCGUGGUACUACAAAUGUUCGAAGUGGUGCUUUAACGAAAUAUAUGCCGCAAUUUGUUCUCAUGACCUUAAUGGGAAUUAUCGCUUUGUCGGUCAUCCUGAUAAUCAUUACGAUUUCAUGCAUCAUCUAUUCCGGGUCUCGUAAUCGUGUCUUCACUUCUCCUAUUAAAAUUGGUGGAUUGCGAUAUCAAAUUUAG